UAAAGCACGACCAAUUUCGAAGUUCGUCUUGUCCCCCUCUGGCAUUCCACAGUUAUCAACUACUUAUUGCUCCAAUUCAAUCUCUCUCUCUCUCUCUCUCUCUGCAUAUAUAUAAUAAGUAUAUUCCUCGUUGAAUUGCUGCGAUUGUGAAGAGCUGUCUUGACCUGUUGGAUCUUCCGUCGAGGAAUUGAGUUGAGGACUGAAAUUCAGAAUCAAGAAAACCAGCCAGGGUUAUACACAGAGAUGGGUACUCCUGAUAACAAUCAAAGUAAAGGGUUUUUUGCGGCCAUGACCUCUGGCUUGACCAUGUUUGGCAACGCUAUGCAUAGAUCUGUUAAUGGCUUACUUGGUUAUGAAGGUGUAGAAGUCAUAAAUCCAGAAGGUGGCAAAGAUGAUGCAGAGGAGGAGGCUCAGAGAGGAAGAUGGAAGCAGGAGGAACGAGAUAGCUAUUGGAAAAUGAUGCACAAAUACAUAGGUUCUGAUGUUACAUCCAUGGUGACACUUCCUGUCCUAAUUUUCGAGCCAAUGACCAUGAUUCAAAAAAUAGCUGAGUUGAUGGAAUACUCCUACUUGUUGGAUCAAGCAGACGAAUGCGAGGAUCCUUACAUGCGUUUGGUGUAUGCUUCAUCAUGGGCUAUUUCUGUUUACUAUGCCUACCAACGAACAUGGAAGCCUUUUAAUCCCAUUCUUGGAGAGACUUAUGAAAUGGUUAAUCAUGGUGGUAUUACAUUUAUUGCAGAGCAGGUGAGUCAUCAUCCCCCAAUGAGUGCUGGCCAUGCUGAAAAUGAGCAUUUUACUUAUGAUGUGACAUCGAAGUUAAAAACUAAAUUUCUAGGAAACUCGCUUGAUGUUUAUCCAGUUGGAAGAACACAAGUGAAGCUUAAAAGAGACGGUGUGGUUUUAGAUCUAGUACCACCCCUCACAAAGGUCAACAAUCUAAUUUUUGGACGGACAUGGGUUGAUUCACCUGGGGAGAUGAUAAUGACGAAUUUGACUACCGGAGAUAAAGUUGUUCUAUAUUUUCAACCAUGUGGCUGGUUUGGUGCUGGUCGCUAUGAGGUGGAUGGAUAUGUUUAUAAUGCCGCUGAAGAGCCCAAAAUAUUGAUGACGGGGAAAUGGAAUGAGUCAAUGAGCUAUCAACCAUGUGAUAUGGAAGGAGAACCUCUUCCAGGCUCAGAAUUGAAAGAGGUGUGGCAUGUUGCUGAUGCUCCAGCAAAUGAUAAAUUUCAGUAUACGUAUUUUGCACAUAAAAUUAACAGUUUUGACACAGCUCCAAGGAAGUUGCUAGCAUCUGAUUCUCGCCUGCGUCCUGAUAGAUUAGCACUUGAAAAGGGUGAUCUAUCAAAAGCUGGCUCUGGAAAGAGCAGUUUGGAGGAAAGGCAGAGAGCCGAAAAAAGAGAACGAGAGGCUAAAGGCCAUAAAUUUGCACCAAGAUGGUUUGAUAUGACUGAUGAGGUUACCCCAACUCCAUGGGGUGACUUGGAAGUUUACCAGUACAACGGUAAAUACGCUGAACAUAGGGCUGUUGUGGACAACUCAGACAGCAUAGUGGAGGUUGAUGUCCAGUCAAUCGAAUUCAAUCCUUGGCAGUAUAGUAACUUGUCAACUGAAUGAAGUCCUCAUAUUUGCAUGUUUGCUUGGGUUAUGCAGUUGGUUGGCUAAUCGGUAUAAUGUGGAAUCUAACUGUUGUUUGUUGGCAUCUGUACAUUGUAUCUCCAUUUCCACACUCACUUUGCAAUUGGGUGUGAGACAAAUUAUUUUUCUUAGUAUGUUAAGAACCUUUUUAGGGUGACUAUUUUGUUUUAGUUUAUUUUUCCUCUCUUGCUAAGAUGCUUAUAAAGAUUGUGGAACUUUAGGGGGCCAGUGUAAAUUAAAAUUUGAUUUUUGAGCA